AUGGAUAAUCAUCUUUUCUUUAAUAAUUAUAAUCCUACUAAAAUCAAUUAAUAUGAUUCAUAUUUAGUUAAAGAUUUCAGUAUAGUAGAAACAUUUUAAGAUACCUAAUAGCUUUAUAAGAAUAGGAGAAAUUCUUAGGCAGGAAAAUAAUUCGCAGAUUUUAUAUGUAAAUGCAUAAAUGUAAAAGCAAUAGAAAAGUGCUUUUAAAAUUAAAGCAUUAAGGAUAUCGGGCUACAAGAGGUUGGAAAAGGCUUAUAAAAUUGCUGUAAAUUAGAAUCACUAGCAUUGGUUUUUAGAAGAAAUGAUUUUGGAUCAACUGAAUCUCAUAUUGAAUUUGCUACAGCUAUAGACGCUUCUAAAGAACACCUCAAAAAUAUUAAUCUAGAUUUUGGAAUUAACAACAUGUAAGAUGAAUCUCCUAAGCUUUUUAUGAAAAGCAUCUCUACCUGCUAAAAACUUGAAUCACUGACUCUUGGGUUUGCAAGUAAUCAGAUGAGCUCCAAGUUUUCAGAAUGUUUUAAUGGUUUCGAAAAUCUUAAAUAGCUUUAAAAAUUGUAAAUAGAUUUAUCUUAAAACGAAAAAAUUGGUAUUGGAAUUACAAAAAUCACUUAGUCAAUUUCAACUUUAAAUUAAUUACAAUUUUUGCAACUAAACUUAUAGAAAAUUUCUCUUACUCCAGAAUAUCUUAAGCAAACCUCAGAAAGUAUUUGCUAACUAGCUAAUCUUCAAUAUUUAGAGUUAAAUCUGUAAUAGAAUAAUUUGGGGAAUUCAGGGAUAGAGCAAAUUAAUUUUUCUAAUCUUAAACACUUGGAAAGCUUAAAAUUAUUUCUUGGUUGGACUUAGCUUAAUGGAAUAGGAUUAAUUAGGUUAAUCUUGAAUACAAUUUAGUGUAAAUAGUUGAAAAAUAUUGAUUUUGAGUUAAAAUGGAAUUAAAUUAAUGAAAAUUUAUAACCUGAAUAGUAUUAAAUACCAGAAUAGCUUGCAAGUUUAAAUUCUUUGUCUCUGCACUUAAGAGGAAAUAAACUAGGUUCUUAAAAGUUAUCAAAGUUAAUUAAUUUUAUAACGAGUGUUAUUCAUCUACAAUAAUUAGAAAUCAAUGCUGAGGCAAAUAGUAUUAAUACAAAUUUAAACGAAUUAGGUCAAACUUUAUAAAAUCUGUAGAUAAAAAAACUGAAAUUAAAUUUUGAAGAUAAUGAAAUUGAAAAUGAAGAUUUGGUUAAGUUCUUUUAAGUUUUUUCAUAAAAUGAACAAUUAGAAAGUUUAUAAAUUAGUCUAAAAGAAAAUAAGUUGAAUUAAUCGUGCUAUGAAGAAUUUGGAUAAUCUUUAUCAAAAUUCAAACGACUAAACUAGCUAGAGUUAUAAUUUAAUAGCUUUAAUAAUAUACAAGAAUACAAACUAACCAAAGAAUUCCUAAAAUGCAUAUUUGAAAGUAAAUCCAUAAAGCAUUUAAAAUACAUAAUGCCAUUCGCUUAAUACCAUGAUAGAUAAAAGAUGGAAAUUCUCCAUUAAUAAUGUAAAAAGUCGAAAUAUCUUGUUAAAUAUUAAUUUAAAGUUUUAUGA